GCUACUCGACACGUCGAAAAUCUAAAUACGGAUAUUAUACCAAACGUCAUCUGUAUGUUCGAAAUGAAGAUCUAAACACUUUGAAUAAGAAAAAUGAACAAAACGGGGGAAAAUGGCCGCGUGGAAGUUGAGUACACCAAGGUCGAGCAACAGAAGUUGGAAACUAUCGAUAAUAAAGGAAAAGUACCCACCAUAGGAGUCCGCCACUGGCAGACCCUAAUAUUUUUCGCGCUGAUUUUAAUCGCAUUCGGCAUCAAGGUCUCGAUUUCCGUGGCCAUAGUGGCUAUGAUGGAUCCUACCGUCAGCAGCAGCCCAAGCGUACCGACGUAUCCGCAGUGGGACAACAAAAACGUCAUAAUGUCCGCGUUUUUCUGGGGCUACAUCGUGCCGCAGCCGUUCGCCGGAUGGGCGGCCGACAAGUGGGGCCCCAAACGUUUCCUAGUCGGCGGUAUGGCCGUAUGCUCCACCCUAUGCGUGUUAGUACCGGCUACCGCAGCGUAUUUUGGUUCUGUAGGCCUGAUGGCCAGUCGGGUGAUACAAGGAUUGAGUCAAGGCUUUAUAUUUCCAUCGACCCAUCACUUUCUUAGCCAAUGGGUCCCUGUCGAAGAACGUUCGCGUCUCGGCUCGUCUUUGUACGCGUCUGCGCUAUUCGGCACCGUACUGGCCAUGCUAGUCACUGGGUUUAUAUCGGGGAGCACAUACGGCUGGCCAGCGGUCUUUUAUUUGUACGGAAGCCUGGGAGUUGGCUGGUGCAUAAUAAUGGCGAUCUUCGGGUACAACAGCCCAUCGUUGCAUCCCACCAUAAGUCAAGCGGAGAAACUGUACAUUGAGAAAAGUUUGGGUCACACUGACGAAAAAUUGACCCACAAAACCCCAUGGAAGUCGAUAGCGACAUCGGUACCAUUAUGGGCGCUACUCUCGUCUCACGUCGGUGAUCUUUUUGGAUUCUGGACGCUACUGUCCCAAAUACCAUCCUAUAUGAAGUACGUCAUGAACUUUAACCUCAAAGAGGAUAGUUUCUUAAUGUCCCUACCUUACAUCUCCUUCACCCUGAUCAGUGGACUAUUCAAUUUCACCUCGGAUUUUUUAAUCUCCCGGAAAAUAUUACCGAUCGGCAUUACGAGAAAAAUAUUCAAUUCCAUAGGUUUGAUCACGCCCGGUGUCAUGCUCAUCUUACUGAGUUACACAAAGCCUGACCAGCCGUUGCGCGCUGUAACACUCUUAGUGAUCGGCGUGACGUUUAACGCUGCCACCCUUUGUGGGUGGAGCAUAAACCACAUGGACUUAUCGCCGAACCAUGCCGGCACCAUGAUGGGUCUCACCAGCGGUAUAUCGAAUAUAAGCGGUAUAAUAGCACCAUUGGUAGUUCAGUUUUUGGUGGACGAUGAAAGGGACCCCCUUCAGUGGAGAUCUGUAUUUUUAUUGGCGUCUGGAGUUUACAUUGGGGCAGCCUGUAUUUUUAUGGUUUUUGGAUCGGGUGAAGUCCAACCUUGGAAUCAAGAUUCUGAUGAUGAAAAUGAAAUGGAAUCCGUUGAAAUUACCGCGAUAUCAAAACCAGAAUAAAAAAAAAAAUGAGUUUCCAAAAAUAAAACGAAAACA